GCAUUCCAGACUGCAGGUCUUCUCCUCAUCCCAUCCAGACUGGAAAGUCUGAUAUAUUUCUUUUCUUCUGGUUGUCACUCAUACGUACAUCGUGAUAAUGGAGCCCGUCACCGAGUCUCGCAAUCGGUACAAUCUUCGCAGAGCUCUCACCCUCAUGGAAAGGGACAUCAAAGCCCUGGAAGAGACGGACACACAUGUCUUAGACCAAGCCGUACUGAAACGGUGCAGGGUCCGGGCUCUACCUCUGAGCCUUGAUGCGGAUGACUCGCUCACAGCCAAAUAUUUCACUUCUUUUGCUCCCGAAAACAUGCCAGCGCCAACACCAGGAUAUGUCGACCGAGAAUACAAUACCGACGGACUAACCCUGUCCAGCGAACGCGGGCGACUGAUCUACCUUUACCUUCAAUCAUACGUUCGCAAGUUGAUGAUGGAUUUCCCAGAGGUCCAACGAACGUGGUCGAGCAACCAGAUCGGCGAUUACAAUUUUGGCAAUCUAUACCGGACGCUUGAGCCCGAAUUUGGCACGUUGUCGAUAAUCCAUGUUGCGAAUUCCCACAAGCCGCAUAUCAAAUGCAUCAUGCACAACGACCUUGAUGUAGAUGACGGUCAUCUGCUCUAUGGGGAAAUAAUGACCGUCAUCCGGAUAAUGUUGGGUCAACUGAAGCAGAAGGUGUUUGUCAAUCACAUGAUUGCGCCGGUUCUGCUCUUUUCCAUGAAUCGAUGGCAUCCGCGUGCCAUCGAGGCAUACUUCGAUGGCCAGGAGCUGUUGAUACGCCGCACGAAGCCCUAUGAUUUUACAUUCUUGAAUGCGGCUGGGUUGACGACCUUUGCACAAUGGUUCCUGGGCGAUCCUAUUGGCGACACGUCCAGAGGGGCGGUGCGGACUUGA